AUGGAGCUGCCGAGGUCGCCGUUUUCUGCGCCAGAGCCAUGCAUAACAACCUUCCAGGAGGGCGUGCUGGCGAGCGCCAGCCUUCGGCUGCACACGUUUGGCACCCCAAUCUUUGAUUUCGACGAGGAGCUGCAAGUCACUGCGGACUCGAGGCUACGGGUUUGCUGGCGGAAUCCGGACGACUGCUGGGCAGCGGUAGCAUUGCUGGAGUACACAGAUCAGCUGGAUGAUUUUCGGCUGGACUCUGUGGACAGCCCGACUGGUUCUGCCACGCUGCUGAUCUUGGCGCCCCCAUCCUGUACGCUGCAGGAUGUGGCGCUUCAUGCUGCGCCUGCCGUGUUGGAAGCCACCGCGGGCUCGCGCAGCUAUGCGGUGGUCUCCGUGUCCGUGCAGGAAGUGAAGCCGGGAGCCUUCGAGCAGCACCGCACGCACCGGAACUUGUCCAGGUGGAUACCUCCGUAUCCAGACGGUCCACCAUAUCCUGAAGAGGUGGUGGGCUUUGGCGACGAGUGCCUGCGAGCCGCGCUGGGGCCCAUGGACGAUACUGCAGACACCCACUUCCACAAGAUCUUCGGCCGGGUCUUAUGCAGCCCCAGUGCUUGGUCGCGUCCAGAGGACUUUGAGGGAGAAGCUGCGGGCUUGAAGAUCUAUGUGCAGCCGCUUCCUGGCAUCCUGAACGCAGACAGGCUGGUGGCAGCUUCCCUGGUGCGUCUCGCUUACGACUUCGACUGCGAUGCUGGGCUCUUCCUUUGCAGCGAGCGGCGCUGGGACGGUGCCUGGUCCACGUGGCGACAGUACGUAGGGGAGGUCGUGUUGCUCCAGAAAUUCCUCACUGCGCCGCGGCACGUCCUGGUGGACAGUGCCAAGGAGGCGGACAUCAUCGUGGUGCCACUGCUGUCACAAUUCGUCAGCUCUUGGCUGGUGUUCAAGCAGGCUGCCCGCGGCUGCCCGCGAGAACUGCUCAAGUACGUCAAGCAUUUGGAAUGGCCGCAGAAGUACGGUACGCAUGUCUUCCUCUUCGCAGAUCACAUGAUGAAUUUGAGGGAGCACGACCCCGGAGGCAUGAUGAGCCUCUUCGCGCUACAGGCUGAAAUUAUCUUCAUCUCGCAUGGCACUGAGCUCGCGUCGCCUGCGCACAUCACCAUGCCAUCGGUGCUGACGGACGCCGAUUUGCAGCCCGCAAGCGAAGCGGCGGCUGCAUCGGAGCGGGACAUCUUCCUGAUUUACUCGGAGACAGUGGACUGCUGCCAUCCGGUGAGAAAGCACUUCUACGAGGUGCUGACCAGCGACCAGGGCAAGGCCUUGUGCGGAGAGACCUGUGUCGUUGAGACGCGCACCCGCUCCAAGCCCACAGAUGCUUCAGAGAGGUCUCGGCAGACGCACGGCCUUUCGGAGGCCGCAAUGGCGAACUUCAACGAGGCCAUGAAGCGCGCCAAGUUUUGCCCCAUGGGACCUGGCGAUACUCCCCAUAGGCACAAGUUCUUCCAUGCCUUCCUUGCCGGCUGCAUCCCGGUUCUCUUUGACUUUGCCUCGUAUUUCCCGGGGCACAGGAGCUGGUGGCGGGAGUUCGGGUCGCCCUACCAGCUCUCGUUGCCCUUCCCUGAGGACAUCCCCUACGAGGACAUUGUAGUCACGGUGCCAUGCACGCAGAACUACACCGAGUCCUCCCUGCAGAUGCUGCAGCGGCUGAAGACCAUGCCGUCGCAGGAGCUAGAACGACGCCAAGAGCUGCUCCGAAGCUCUCGGCACUUCUUGGCCUUCCAGUGGCGGGGCGACUCCCCCGACGCUUUCACGGCCAUCAUGCAGCGCAUCGGCCGGGCAGUUCGCAAGAGACCACAAAUCCGAUAG